UUCCUUCUUUCAGAGGGGGGAGACGGCGAGUGAAAGUGAGAGGGAGUCAAAGUGUAAUUUAUUGUUUCCUGUGAAAGAGCAGGCUGCACCCUUUUUCUCCUGCCUGAACUCUGAACCACUCAAUGUGUGUCUGAAGUUUUCUCAGACCUCGGGAGCCAUUGAUCGGAGGUCAGGGCAGAAAACACAGGAGUGAAAGACAAGAACACAGCGAGCAGAGGGAUUAAAGGAGAGAGAGAAAACUGGGAGCAACCUCCAGGUCAUUCCAAACAGACGGCAAGGGAGGAAAGGUCAACACGGGGGAGUCCGAGACAACUUUUCAUCACACUUUUAGAUCUACUUGGAUAAAAAACCUACCUUGAAUUUCAACCUGGAGUGAUUGUAUUUUAGCCUGGAAUCAAUUUUUACACUUUUUAGAGGGUAGCUGAAAGCUGGGGGACAGGGCGGGUCUGUGUAUGAUCCACUCACAGGGCUGCGUGUCUCAGAGAAUAUGGCCAUGGUGAGCGGGGGAUGGGGAAACCCCAAUGGGGACAGUAAUGGACUGGGAGAGAAGGCUUACCUGAGGAGGGAAGAAGAGGAGGGCUCACCCCAGGCUGGAAGCAGCGAUGUGGACGUAGGGGACGAGGACAAGUCCUGCGUGGUGGACUGUGUGGUGUGUGGGGACAAGUCCAGCGGGAAGCACUACGGCGUGUUCACCUGCGAGGGCUGUAAGAGCUUCUUUAAGAGGAGCAUCAGAAGGAACCUCAACUACUCCUGCAGAUCAAACAGAGAAUGCCAAAUCGACCAGCAUCACCGUAACCAGUGUCAAUACUGUCGUUUGAAGAAAUGUUUCCGUGUUGGAAUGCGAAAAGAAGCUGUUCAGCGGGGCCGGAUCCCUCCAUCUCACUCAGGUAUCAGUCCCAACUCCCUGGCAGGUGGGGUUGGAGGACCAGGGCCGGGUCACAUUGGGGCGGAUUACUUCAACGGGCAGCCGGUGUCAGAGCUCAUCACCCAGCUCCUCCGGGCUGAGCCCUACCCCAGCAGCCGUUACGGGACCCCGUACAGCCAAGCACAGAUGCAGGCAUCUGCGAGCGGAGCAUCUGUCAUGGGCAUAGACAGCAUCUGUGAGUUGGCUGCCCGACUCCUCUUCAGCACCAUUGAGUGGGCCAGGAACAUCCCAUACUUCCCAGAGCUGCCAGUCUCAGAGCAGGUGGCGCUGCUGAGGCUCAGCUGGAGUGAACUUUUCAUCCUGAACGCAGCUCAGUCCGCCUUGCCUCUUCACAUGGCUCCUCUGUUGGCAGCAGCUGGGUUUCAUUCGUCACCCAUGUCUGCAGAGCGCGUGGUGUCUUUCAUGGACCAGGUCAGGGUUUUCCAGGACCAGGUGGACAAACUCAACAGGCUGCAAGUGGACUCAGCCGAGUACAGCUGUCUGAAAGCCAUUGCACUCUUUUCACCUGAUGCAUGUGGUCUGACCGACCCUGCACAUGUGGAAGCCCUGCAGGAGAAGGCCCAGGUCGCCCUGACAGAGUACGAGAGGUUGCAGUACCCCAACCAGCCUCAGCGCUUUGGCCGCUUACUGCUGCGCCUGCCCGCUCUGCGUGCCGUGCCGGCCAACCUCAUCUCUCAACUCUUCUUCAUGCGGCUGGUGGGCAAGACGCCCAUCGAGACGCUAAUCCGAGACAUGCAGCUAUCAGGGAGCUCCAUCAGCUGGCCCUACGUACCAGGACAGUGAACACCUCUGGCCUUCAGAAUGAGACAGACCGAGAUCAGAUAGGGAGGAGACAGAGCUCACAAAGAUUACUACAAAUACAAACUGAAUGUUAUAAAUACAAACUGAAGAGUUUAUAGAAGUCAGCUGUUCCAACAUUAGCUCUGUAAACUUUGGUGGAUGUCACACCAAAGCUGUUUUCAGGGAAACAACAUGCAAAGUUGUCUUUAAACAUAAUUAUAUAUGUUUGCAGCACUUGUCAGUUUGCUCUGAACACAGUCUGAUCUCAUUUUGUCUCAUUCUGGACAGAAACAGGGCUUUAGCUAAAAUACAGACUCUGACAAGAGGCCGUGUGCCCUUACUACCUCCUCCCAUAUCACCCCUUAUGUGACUCCGUUUGAAUUCAGCUGUGUGUUUUCUCUCUGCUUUAUUUUUAGUCCAAAUGAAGCCAUAGCAGUAACUAUUACUUACACGCAGUUCUGACCUUUUGUGGCAGCUUCAGAGCUUUAAAUCGUCGCAACUGUGACAUAUAGUGCUCAUCAUUUCUAAGUUAUAAACCCAGAAGUGGAAUAAAUUUAUUACCAAAUCAGUUUAGAAAACAGUGCUCUACUGCAAAGUAUCACCUUGCACACUGUUAAUACAGAAAAAUAGUCACGACAUUGUAUGUUAAACUAUAUUUGAUACAUACAUGAAGAAUACAGUAUAUUAUAUACUUAAAGGUGCAAUAAAUGACACUGAGCCUCACUGGAUGUCAGCAAACAACUAUUUGCUGUGUAAAGAUAUAGUAGAGUAAGUCGUGGUGGCCACACAUGCGUGUACGUGCAUGUGAGUCCCUGCGCGUCCAUUUCCAAGAUGGUGGCCGUGUCACAGACUUUCUCAAAUUACAGCUAAAUAGUACUAUAAGAUAUGUUUCUGAAAACAUUUGAGGCGAUAAAUAGGCAAUGCAGGAACAUAAUCUUGAUCCAUAUUUGAUCAGCAGUGCCUAGCUUGACAGUUUGAUCUGAGUUUUUGAGUUGUUGCCCCUCCCUCACGAUACACGUUUGUUUUGAUCUGAGAUGUUGGUGCUAUAGUGCAACAUCUAGUGGCUGAAUGUUGUGUAUUGCAACAUUAAAGCCACGAGGUAAAGGAAUUGAAAAUUUCGGACUUUGACGUCCCCUGGUGGUAGUGACAAAAAAGACAAUAUUCUACACAUAGUGGCUUUAAUAUAGUAUAUUUUACAAAGAUGUUGCAGGCUUUAGUUUCCACUGUGCAAGUAAUGAAGCAGACAGGAAGUGGAGGUGAAUUUAUGAUACAGCAGCCUCUCGAACACACACCUGGCUCCUCAGACAGUGACACCCCCGUCUAACAUUAUUACCUCAUGUUUUAUACAUCAAAGACAAAGAUUGUAUAGUGAACUGUUCAUGUGCUAAAGAUAAAUAUAAAGGGAUCAAGGUACUAAUCUUUCAGUAGUAUUCCCCUAAUAAAAAGAUAUGUCUGUCCACCAGAUGUUUGGCCAAAGUCUAUAUGAAAAUAUUUUGAAGUUUGAUGUAAGAGGAUGCCCAAAGUUUGACAGAUUGUACAUGAAAGCUACACACAGUAAAGUGACUUGUUGUUUUUCUGAUUCUUUUGCUUUAAUGAGGGUAGAGGUUUCACAUAUGUGGUCCCCCUUUUAAAGCAGUGUGUUAAAACGUGGUCAAAUGAACAGAGGUCACUUUGAGAUAAUGGUAAUUAUUCUGUUCAUGCAAGGUACUUCACGUGUAUAAAGGUUAUGGUGUGUGUGUUGGUACUGAGAUUUUUAAAAAUGUGUUUGAUUUUUUAAAGUGUAUUACCUGUUAUUAUAUCUCAUUUCUAAAAAGAAAGACAAUGGCCAUGAUCCUCGAUGUGAUCAAACAACUUCAUCAGCAGCACAAGGUGCUGUCCAUGUACCAUUUUAUGUUGUUUGUUCAAUAUAAACUAUAGUGAUUUGACUUUGUAGCUUGACAUUUAAAAGAACCAUGUUUCUAUGACCAUGCCAAACCUAGAAAUGCAAAGAAGUUGAUAUGUCUGACUGAUUAUCUUUUUUUUUUCUUUUUUUUUUUGCAUUACUAGAAAUAAAAGUAUGCACAUUCAUUCUGUGGAGGACUUGAGUAUCAAA